ACUGGAGCAUAAAACAAGUUGGGCUUAAAGCCUUUGACACUGAGCAAGAAAAUAUCCAUUUGUGGUUUUUAGAGGUUUCACCGGCGCCGGCAGUGAGCUUCAGUUCACUCAUUUCCCGCCGGGAAGAAUUCAGAUUUCAUAUUUAGGGCACGUCAAGAGGUUAGUGAGUGAGAUUCAUGAGCUCCAAUUCCGAUGUUUUAUUUCAUCAUUAGAACUAGUUUUGUUCAUGGGAGGCAAACCAUUUCAGCCUCUCAAAGUUCCAAUCUUUUAAUUUUUAAACAAUCAGGUGGUCUUAGAUUUUUCUCCAAUAGCUCAAAUGGACACUCAUUUGCAGCUUCAUAACUUAUAGACAAAUGUGGGUUCUCCCCAGAAAUGGCUUCUCGGGUUUCAAAUUAUGUUCAUUUUGAAACUCCUGAAAAGCCUGAUUCUCUGAUUACUUUCCUGGAAAACCAUGGGUUCUCCAAUACCCAAAUCGUAAAUCUCAUUAGAAGACAGCCAAAGUUGCUUGUUCUUGAUGCUGAGAAAACCCUUUCGCCCAAAUUAGAGUUUCUUUACUCUAUAGGUUUUUCAAGGCCUGAGCUUGCUAAAAUCUUGAGUAGCUAUCCUCAUCUGUUGAAAUAUAGUUUAGAGAAACAAAUUAUCCCUUCAUUUAAUUUACUCAGGAACUUGUUUCAAUCUCAUGAUAAGAUUAUCAAGGCUAUAAAACGACAUACUGGUAUUCUUGUCUAUGAUUCCGAGUCGUAUUUGUGUCCGAAUAUGAAUGUUUUGAGAGGAAUUGGAGUCCCCGAAUCAAAUAUCCUUAUGCUGCUUAACUGUCAGCCUAGAGCGCUUUUGUUUAAUCCGGUUCGGCUUAAGGAGAUUGUGGAGGAAAUCAAAAGAAUGGGGAUUGAUUCUUCGACGAAGAAGCUUCUCAUUGCGGUUCGUGCUUUGAGAUCAAUGACCAAAUCCACAUUAGAGAAGAAGAUUGAUGUUUAUAGGCGAUGGGGUUGGUCUGACCAAUAGAUUAACGAAGCUUUCAGGAGGUAUCCGUUGUGUAUGACGGUUUUGGAGGAUAAGAUCGUGGCUACAAUGGAUUUUCUGGUGAACAAAAUGGGCUACAGUUCGACUCUCAUUGCCAAACAACCGAGUUUCUUAACACGGAGUUUAGAGAAGAGGAUUAUGCCGAGGGCAUUGUUCGCUCGAGAAUUGAUAUCGCAAGGUUUGGUUAAUGAAAUUAAAUUGUCUGUAUUGUUUGACAAUUCGGAAAAGGUGUUCAUUAGGAUGUGUAUUGACCGCUUCGCAAACAAAGCACCCGAGCUCUUGAAGCUUUACAAAGAAAAACUUCAGAUUUCAGAAAAAAAAAUUAGAAAGUGAGUUAGCAUAGGCUGCAGCAUUAGUAUUUUGUAGGAUGUGGUAAGUUGCCCAUGAUGACCAAAGCAAUUGCUUUUGGCGCGUUAAGAUUUGGAUUUUUUUUGGUGUCAUGUUGCCUUGUUUCAGUUCAUUACUUUGGUCUGAAACUUCUUGUUAUGUUUUUAUAGCUGUAUUCCUUUCCUCCAUUGGUGAAGCUUAAGCUCAACAAUUUGCUUGACUUGCUGUUUAUUUAA